AUGCUGCAGCCACGAAUACCGCUUCGCUCGCUGUGCAACAACUGUCAUUAUCGCGCUCCUGCAUUACGCCGUUCCUAUGCUCAGGUCAUUGACCCUUUACACCCAAGCACUUCAGUAGCAGAGUCUCCAGCAGACCUGCCGCUGGCUCAAGCCGACAACCGGAAUGCACUCUCAAAAUUCGACGUGAGACUACGCCGGUAUACCCCUCGAACACCUGGCAUCCGUCAUCUAAUCCGCCCCUUGAACGAGCACAUAUGGAAAGGUCGACCUCAUUUCCCUCUCACAUUUCCAAAGAAGGGCCAUGGAAAAGGUGGUCGAAAUCACACAGGCCACGUCGUGGUAAGACAUCGUGGAGGCGGGCAUAAGAGGAGGAUACGCAUUGUCGACUUCGCAAGAAAUGCAGGCGGCAAACAUCUGGUUGAGAGAAUCGAGCACGAUCCAGGCCGGACUGCUCACAUCGCGUUGGUGAAGAGCUUGCAGACAGGGGACAAGAGCUAUAUCCUCGCAGCCGAAGGUCUACGAGCGGGCGACACGGUUGAGAGCUACAGGUCAGGACUACCACAGGAGCUGAUCGAUGAGAUGGGCGGCCACAUAGACCAGGGAGUCCUGGCGUCCAAGACUGCGCACAGAGGCAAUUGUCUCCAAUUGGGCAUGAUUCCCGUCGGGACGCCCAUCUUCAACAUCACUCCUUCCAAAAGCGAGAUCGGGAAGAUAUGCCGUAGCGCAGGCACGCAUGGGAUCGUGGUCGGGAAGGGAGAGGACACGGUACAGAAGGAAAUGAUCAAGAUCUUCGGCGACGUGCGGAACUUCGAUCUGUCGACCUUGACCAUGGACCAGCUGAGGAAGUUCGAAAAGGCCGCCAAUUACGUUACGGUCAAGCUGUCCAGCGGCGAGGUUCGACUGAUCGACAAGGACGCUGUCGCAACUAUUGGCGUCGCCAGCAACGUCAACUUCAAGUACACCUCGCUUGGUAAAGCAGGUCGGUCGAGAUGGCUGAAUAUUCGACCCACCGUUCGUGGUCUGGCCAUGAACGCAUCCGAUCAUCCUCACGGUGGUGGUCGAGGUAAAUCCAAGGGUAACCGCAUUCCCAUGAGCCCUUGGGGCAUUCCGGCCAAAUCAGGAUACAAGACGAGGGACAAGCACAAGAUCAACCCCUUGGUCGUCACGCAGCGUCCAAGGAACCAAGGUCGGCGGAGGAGAGGUUACGCCUAG